CAAGUCUCAAGUAAAGCUUUUUUGCGGCUUGUCUGCGGCUCAGACUUGACGUAGGUCAGGCCAUAGGAGCAGAGCCCUUCUCUCCCUUCCAUGCUCCUUCUUCAGAAAUAAAAAACAAAAAUAAAAAUAAUUCAAAACAUCAUCAGUGUUGUUGUUGUUGUUGUUGUUGGUGCCACCGGCUUAUUCCCCAUCAUUGUUCAGCUGGCUGAGCAAAGGAAAAAAUUCUCUUCGAUCGCCGAUCUAAACAACAAAUCAUUAUAAUGAUUGGUCAAAGCAAAAUGUUUCAUUGGUCGCUGAUUGUCAGUGCCCUGGGAGCUGUUGUUGCCGCUCUGGGCGGCUAUUGCGGUUGGUGUCUAUUCCCCAAUAUGGUGCACAAAAAGGUUGAACAGAGUGUCAUUAUAGCAGAUGGCUCUGAUCAAUAUAAACGUUUUGUCAAUCUACCUCAACCACUGAAUUUUAAAGUAUAUAUUUUCAAUGUUACCAAUCCCGAUAUGAUACAACAAGGUGCCAUACCCAUAGUCGAGGAAAUCGGUCCAUAUGUCUACAAACAAUAUCGACAGAAAAAGGUGAAGCAUUUUUCACGUGAUGGCUCAAAAAUUACAUAUGUACAGAAUGUGCACUUUGAUUUUGAUUCGGAGGCAUCGGCACCAUACACCCAAAACGAUCGCAUUGUGGCUUUGAAUAUGCAUAUGAAUGCAUUUUUACAAGUAUUCGAAAGAGAAAUCACAGAUAUCUUUCAGGGUUUUGCAAAUAGAUUGAAUUCGCGCCUGAAUCGCACACCUGGCGUACGCAUAUUAAAGCGUCUUAUGGAACGUAUUCGAGGGAAACCACCCUUUAGCUGGGUAUACGGCAUCUUUAUCAACAUAAUUGAAGAUGUCAAAUCUGUUCUGCAAAUCGGUGAAAAUGAUCCUGGACUGGCCUUGCUGUUGGUCCAUUUGAAUGCCAAUCUGAAGGCCGUCUUCAAUGAUCCGCAGUCCAUGUUUGUUCAUACGUCAGUUAGGGAAUAUCUCUUUGAUGGCGUUCGUUUUUGCAUCAAUCCCCAGGGCAUUGCCAAGGCCAUUUGCAAUCAAAUCAAGGAGAGCGGCUCAAAGACCAUCCGAGAGAAACCCGAUGGCAGUUUGGCAUUUUCAUUCUUUGGCCAUAAAAACGGAUCCGGUCAUGAGCUCUAUGAAGUUCACACCGGCAAAGGUGAUGCCAUGCGAGUAUUGGAGAUUCAAAAACUGGACGAUUCCCAUAAUCUGCAAGUGUGGCUCAAUGCCAGCAAUGAGGGUGAAACAUCGGUUUGCAAUCAAAUCAAUGGCACAGACGCCUCUGCCUAUCCACCGUUUCGUCAACGCGGCGAUUCGAUGUAUAUCUUUAGUGCCGAUAUUUGUCGAUCGGUUCAGUUGUUCUACCAAUCGGAUAUACAAUAUCAAGGUAUACCCGGCUUUAGAUAUUCAAUCGGUGAGAAUUUCAUCAAUGACAUUGGCCCGGAACAUGAUAACGAGUGUUUCUGUGUCGAUAAAUUGACGAAUGUGAUUAAACGUAAGAAUGGUUGUCUCUAUGCUGGAGCCCUGGAUCUGACCACUUGUUUGGAUGCCCCUGUUAUCUUAACUUUACCUCAUAUGCUGGGUGCCUCGAAUGAAUAUAGAAAAAUGGUCAGAGGCCUUACACCUGAUGCCAAGAAGCAUCAAACCUUUGUGGAUGUACAAUCGCUGACUGGAACGCCCUUGCAGGGUGGCAAGAGAGUGCAGUUCAAUAUGUUUCUCAAGAGCAUUAAUCGGAUUACGAUAACCGAAAAUCUGACAACAGUCUUGAUGCCCGCCAUUUGGGUGGAGGAGGGCAUUCAACUCAAUGGCGAAAUGGUGGCCUUCUUCAAGAAGAAACUCAUCAAUACGCUGAAGACCCUCAAUAUAGUCCAUUGGGCGGCUCUCUGCGGUGGCAUGGGCGUGGCAGUUAUAUGCCUUCUAUACUAUAUCUAUCAAAGAGGACGCUCAGCGGAGCCUCCGGUGAAGUAAAGACGUUGAAACCUUACAAGAAAAGCGGUUAUUAUUAUUAAUAUUAUUGAUAAAUGUUAUUAAUUGUUAUAUAGUAUGUGUGUAUUAUUGUAUGUUAACCCAUUUCCCAGCUCUAAUUGUUAACGAAUUUUUUUUUUUUUAUAAUUUAUUCCUUAAAUGUGAUUUUAUUGAUGUAUUGUGAUUUAGUGUUU